GAUUGGUGAUUGGUGUAUUUUCCGAGUGGACCUGAAAGCACCAUUGGAGCCAGAGUCUUGUAGCGGCAUUCCAAGUUCUUACAGGAAAAAUGUCUCUGUCAAAUGAGUUUUUGUUGGAGUAUGAAGGGAUUCUGAUUCCCAGAGAGACUCACUCGUUGGAGAGUCUAAAGUUUGCGCAGGAUUUCAAGUUUAAAGACGAUGAUGUCGUUGCAGUCACAUACCCGAAGUCUGGCACCACCUGGAUGCAGGAGAUCCUGCCUCUGGUGCUGAGUGGAGGAGAUCUGACACCAAUCCAGUCCACUGUCAACUGGGACCGGGUGCCUUGGUUGGAGGAGACCAGAUUGGCAAAUGUUGUGGAUAAGAUGACAUCUCCACGUGCCAUGGUUUCUCAUUUUCCCUACAACCUCAUGCCUUCUUCCUUCCACAGCUCUAAAGCAAAGGUGAUCUAUGUCAUGAGAAACCCCAAAGACGUUGCAGUGUCUUCAUUCUACUUCCAUCAAAUGGCUUCUUUCCUCGAGGAUCCAGGGACUUUUGAUGAGUUCCUGGAUAAGUUCCUGGAAGGAAGAGGUUUUUUUGGGAAAUGGACAGACCAUGUGAGCAGCUGGAAACUUGCAAAGUUGGGAGAGAGAAUUCUGUUUUUGACCUACGAAGAAAUGGUUCAGGACCUGGGUGCAGCUAUCAGGCGUAUAUCUGACUUCCUUUGUCUAGAUCUGAGUGAGGACAUCAUUCAGAAGAUUGCAGAACAUUGCACUUUCAAGAGCAUGAAGGCCAACACCAUGUCCAACUUUAGCCUCGUCCCCAAGAAGUACAUGGACAGUGACAAGUCUCCUUUUCUCAGGAAAGGUGUUGCUGGAGACUGGAAAAACCACUUUAACUCGGAGCAGGAGGCCCGCUUCACAUCAGUCAUUCAGAAGGAGCUGGAGGCAGCUGGCUUGUCUUUCCCUUUUAACUGAACCACACAGAAAGAAAGGGAUGUUAGUAGACAGUGGAAGGGAUGGUGGAAUUCAAAAUCCCUCCAGGUAUUUUAAUUGUUGCUAAUUGGAGUUAGAGUCUCAUCAUUUGAGGUUAAUUGUAAGGAGAAGAUUUUAGUUGACUGCAUGGAGGUGCACUGUAAUCUAUUUUCUGCAUUUUUACUCAAAAUAAUGUGAAUGUCAGCUUUUGUUUUAGUUUUGAAACAUGUAAAGCAAUAGUUAACAAGACAAAUAAACACAAAAAGCACAUUUUUUUGGAGUUGGCGACACACCACAUAAAAGACAGAGCUGCAACUGUUCCCUGCUGCACCUGAAGACUGCUACCUCUCAGCCAGCCCUGUUCACAAUCCAGGACUGCAGUGAAAAGUACAUACACAAAUGAAAUAAACAGUUGGUGAAACAGAACUCACUAUCUACAACUUUGUGGUGUAUGAAGUGCUUCUGUGGUCUUUCCUGUCCCUGCUGCCUGGGAGGUGCCGGACGCACCCCAACUUGCCUCGGCUUCCUGGGUGCCGGACGCACCCUGGCCCGAGCUGCUGGUACCAGAGUCCUGGCCCGGACCGCCUGCCCCAGACUCUGAGCCCGAGCCGCCUGCCGUUUGCUGGCCAGACACACCAGGCCGGACAGCGCGGCCUCCCGGCCGUCCUCCGGACCCGCUUCACUGUACAGCGCGGUCUUCCGGCCGUUCCCCAGACUCUGGACUCUGUUGCCCCUUUACAGUUCGUCUUCCGGGCCCCCUCCUCCUUGGCUGUAUUAUGGAACCUCGGUGCGGUUCCUUGAGGGGGGGUGAUGUCACGGUCUCAGUUUCUUUGCCUUUGUGGUUUGGUUCUUUUUGUUCUGUGAUGUUUGAGUUCACUUCCUGUUUUAUUUUGUAGGGUUUCCUGUUUUGUGUUGUAUUUGAGUUUUACUUUGGGUCCCCAUCUGUCCUGAUUGUGUUCACCUGUGUCUCUUCUUGUCUGUGUGUAUUUAAGUCUUGUCUUUCCCUUCCUCCUGUGCUGCUCCAUAACAUUCUGCUUCCCUGUUGUAAGUCUUCUCUAGUUCCCAGUUUCUAGUUUUGAUGUUUCCCCAUUUCGAGUUUUCUAGUCUUUCGAUUUUGCCUGCCAGUUCUGCAGUGGUUUUAUUUUUGUAGUUUGUUCUAGCUAUUAAACACCUUUGUUCCUG